CGCUUCUGGACAUUUAAAAACGUUUGUUUAAUGAUGUAGACUAAUCUUAUAUUUAACAAUAAUGAACAAGGCGGAAGAGUGAUACGAUUCCCAGAAAAUCAGCGGGAAAAGACUCCUGAACUUCGCCAGCUUUGAAUGAUUCAAUGGGCCUAAUUACAGUCAGUGCCAAUUUUGGUAAGCAGCAGAGACAUACGGGGAAAAGAUAUUCUACUUUGAGGCAAUAUGCCAAGCAGGCAUCCACUAGACUAUGACAUAAAGUACAGAGCCAUGAUCAUCGAAAUCGUUCCAGUACACCAAAAUGAAAUGAUAUGGCUAUUGGCUGAGUUCCCGGUAAGGCCGCCAGCCAGCACAGGGCCAACCGUCGGUGAUGGAAGUGGAAUGGUGCUUGUGAUGACCACGAUGGGGGUGGAUGGAGGUGGAGCUGUGGUGGUUAUAGGCGUGGCGAGGGAUAGUGAGGAGAUAGUGGAAGUUAGAUCGCUAGAGCUUGGCAACGAUUGACUGGGCAAAAAGCUGCUGUUGCUGCUUGAAGCCGUGAUUGUGGCGGUGGGCGGCGGCGGCAUGCUCGUGGUGGCGGUCAGCAAGGUGCUUUUAGGGCUCGCCAAGUGAUGGGUAGAGGAUUUGCGAGUUGUCGGCUUCUUUUUUAUCUUGGUUUUCUUAGUGGACUUUGGAGUAGCAACUGCAGCGACUUUAUGGGCCUUUGAUUGGGUGCUUUUGUGAUGAUGAUGUGUGGUGGUGGUGGACAGG